AUGUUUGUCGUUUGGUUCUUUUUUGUGUUUACAUGUUCACAAGAUUUGAAAACAUUCAAGUGUUCACCUGGAUGUCAAAAUAAUUGUACAAGUGACUACACCUGCUCCAAAUGUUUAUCCAAUUACGAUGAUGACAAUUCUUGUCUGAAUUGUGCAUUUGUGAAUCCGUAUAGCAGUGAUACUAUUGCCUAUAUCCAACAAAACAACAAGUGUUACAACACCAACCAAAAGAUUAUUAAAGGAGAUAAUUGGAUACCACCAGAAAAAUUCAUAACAAAUAUUACCCUUAAUACUACUUUCUCAUUCUCUUUAAAUCAAAGCUCAGACGUUGACUACGACUUUUGUUAUUACCGACAAAAGUUCAGAAUUGGUAAAUGGUUCAGACUUAAAAUAAUGGAAAUAGAUUCAAAAUUUGUCGAGUUCGACAUCACCAAAUCAGGUGAUAAAGCAACCGAAUUGUAUGUUGAUGCCACGACAGCGUCAGACCCAGAUGUCCACCCAACCUGUUUCAUUCAUACAAUUUUAGAUAAAGAUGCUAUCCAGAAUAAAGUGAGUGUGCCUAUUCAUAUCGACGACACUCAAGUCAACCACUUUUAUUACAUUUUCAUUUCCAUACAAGGUUUUGUUCAUACUGAUAUUGAUUUUACUGUUCGUAAAAUUGUGGACAUUGAAACAUCAAUCGGGUUCGAACUGACACAAGAAAAAGCAGAUUAUUUAGCAACACAUUUGAAAGACAAAAUAGUAUGGGAUGUCAAUUUUGAGAGUAGGGGUGCAACUGCAACUCCAAUUUGCUUUAUACGAUCAACCGCCAAAAGUGUGGAUUUCACAAUUGAAUUUACAGGAAAUUACUCGAUUUUGAUAGAUGCAACUAUUGAAAAUCGAAUAAAUUUCCUCCAAGAAUAUACUUAUAAAGAAGUCAUAAACGAAGAUGACAAUGUUACUAAUAUUAAACAACAAGACGAAAACAAAGUUGAAUGUGUUCAAAGUUGGACAGGAUGGAAACACGGAAUUUUUGCUGAUGAUAUGCAAACUGGUUGUAUGUUAACAAUCAAAGGAAACUCUAAUAAAAAGAGAUACUUUUCUAUUAUAAGCCAAGACCAGAGAGCAUCACAAACGUUGCACUUUAAAGCAAUUUGUCCGAAUAAUUGUCACACGGAACAAGGAUUUGGAACUUGUAGCCCAACACAAGGUGGUUGUAUAUGUAAAGAUGGAUAUGGAGGUUCCGACUGUCACUUGAAAUGUUAUUACAAGGGGAAAUGGAAUGAAGAUCCAACAGGAAAGUGUUUAUUCGGAAGUGCAUAUUGCGACGAGUAUUGUCAUUGCGAAGAAAAUACCACAUUGGCCGAUGUCCUCUGCAUAUCACAAGGAUGCAGGACAGGAAAUUUACUUCCUGGAAAUUGCAGACAAGGUUCAGAUUAUUGUCAUCAGAGUUGCCAAUGUUACGUCUCACUCGGAUUUCACGCAACAGAUGAAUACAAAUGCAGACAUGACAAAUGUGGAAAUGGUUUGCUCGACUCCUUUUUGGAUUUGGAAGGUAAAACAAUUAGGGAAGAGUGUGACGGUGGUAUUAAUUGUGACACUUAUUGUAAAUGUAAUGUGGGGUUCAUCACCAACCCCAAGGACAAACUUUCAUGUUAUAAAGAGUCUAUUCAAACAAGUGAGAUCAUUGGUAUUGUCGUUGCAGCUGUUGUUGUAUUAUGUAUAAUUAUUAUUGCACUUUCAUUGGUACUUUACUUUGGUUUUGGUCGAAAGAAGAUAGAUAUGAACGUGUUCAAAACUCAGCAACCCAACUACCAUUUUUACAUCACUGGAUCGAUUAGAUGUGUUCCAACAAAGAAGUCUAAAUUUAUUGUUAAUCCAACGGACUUAGACUAUGGCAAUAUAAAUACGUCAACAAAAAUAUUCGACACUCGAUUCGAGAGAAUAGAAAUCAAAAAUCUCUCAAAGAAGAAAUUCAUGAUGAUCAUCUUUCACACACCGAACAACCCCAAAUACGUUUUUCACUUCGAGCCACAAGUGGUUUUCCUGUCUCCGAUGGGAAAAGACGUGAAAAUAGUGACAUCAUACAUGACUCUUUUUUGUACAACAGUGAUUAGAGGAACAAAAAUACCAUACACCGUCUGGUUCAGCAGAAAUCGAUUUGUUUUAAAACAAAUAGCUGAGCUUCUAAAGGAUAAAACAUUUGAUUCUUGGACUCAAGAAGACCAAAAAACAAUAGAAAAACUAAGAAAACAAGUUGUUUUGCAAUAUCACAACCAUCUAACUAUCACCACUGAUGCAGCAAGUUCGACACACAUUGACAUGGAUGAAUUGAACAUGUCAGAAAAUCCAAUUGCUGAAGGUGCAAUGGGCAGAGUGUUUAUUGGCAAUUAUCGUAGUGUUCCAGUGGCAAUCAAACAAUUUAAAUGGGAAAAUUUGAAUCAAACCGAAAUAGAAGAUAUGAAAAAAGAGGUUAUCCAAGAAUGUGAAAUGAUGAGCAAAUUGCGGAACCCGUUCAUUGCAAAUUACAUGGGAGCAGUGACCUAUUUACAAAAGGUGUCGAUGGUCAUCCAAUUCUUUGUGUUGGGAUCUUUAGGAGAGUACUUAAGAAAGGAAAAAGAAGAUUACAUCAUGUUUUCAUAUAAAUUAAAGGUGAGGCUGUUGUUCGACACGGCAAGAGGAAUGCAGUUUCUUCACGAAAAUCGGAUUAUGCAUUUGGACUUAAAACCAGAUAACUUACUGAUCAAUUCACUAGACUUUAACUCGGCUUGCACAAUCAAAAUCACGGAUUUUGGAACAUCCCGAUUCACUAAAAAGACUUCGAAAAAUAUAGACGACAAAGGACUCGGAACUCCAGUUUAUGCAGCUCCAGAGACUUUUAAGGAUGAAUACACGUUUGCUGGUGAUGUCUAUUCAUAUGGUGUUACUUCAUGGGAAGUAUUUUACCAAGAAGAACCAUUUAAAGACUUCAACUCUGUUUUUGAGAUCAAAAGGUAUGUGUUAGAUGGUAAAAGACUGAAAUUUGAUAAUAAAAUUCCAAGUCUGUUAGCUGGGCUCAUUGAAAAGUGUUGGAAACAUGUCCCUGGAGAUAGACCAACUUUUGACCAGAUCACAAAGACAAUUGUCAAAAUUGAUGAAGACGUAGCAAAUCACUCAGAAUUGGACAACGGGUUUGAUUACGAAAAAAUAGGAGAAGUGGUCAAUAGAAGAAUGUUGAAAAUGAAAAACCAACUCAAUGAAGUGGGACACGACUAA